CCUGCUCUCUGCCUCUCUGACAUGUGGGGAUGGGCGAGCCCAAAGGUGACCAGACCGCACCGCACGAGUCCGUCGCGUUCAAGUUCCUCCUCUCCCUUCUCCAACCGCAACCCCGCGCGGGCGUAGCGAUCGAUCGAGGCUGCCGACGAUGUACGGCGCCAUGAAGGACCAGGCGGUCGCGCUGGUCCGGCGGGCGGUGCAGGAGGACGACGCCGGCGACUACGCGGCCGCGCUCCAGCACUACGUGCAGGCGCUCGACUACUUCGCGGCGCACCUCAAGUACGAGCACAACCCCAGGGUCCGCGACGCCAUCGCCGCCAGGCUCCCGGGGUACGUCGCCCGCGCCGAGGAGAUCCGCGCGCUCCUCGACGGCAGUCCCGCCCCCUGCGGGCCCGGCGGCGACGGCGUGGCGGCGGCGGCGACCAGGAAGAAGGACCCCCGCGGCGGCGGGGGCGAGGACGACGAGCGCGCCUCGGAGCGGGCCAAGCUCCGUGCGGGGCUCCACUCGGCGAUCGUCUCCGAGAAGCCCAACGUGAGGUGGAGCGACGUCGCCGGGCUCGACGGCGCCAAGCAGGCGCUGCAGGAGGCCGUCGUGCUCCCCGUCAGGUUCCCGCAGUUCUUCACCGGCAAGCGGAGGCCGUGGAGGGCGUUCCUCCUGUACGGGCCGCCGGGGACGGGGAAGUCCUACUUGGCCAAAGCCGUCGCCACGGAGGCCGACUCCACCUUCUUCAGUAUAUCUUCGUCGGAUCUUCUUUCAAAGUGGAUGGGAGAAAGCGAAAAGCUGGUCGCAAACCUGUUCGAAAUGGCUCGUGAAAAUGCCCCCUCCAUCAUCUUCAUUGAUGAAAUUGAUUCUUUGUGUGGGCAACGUGGGGAAGGUAAUGAAAGCGAGUCUUCUAGGAGGGUUAAGACGGAGCUGCUCGUCCAAAUGCAGGGUGUUGGCCAUAACGAUGACAAGGUCCUUGUUCUUGCUGCUACAAACACUCCAUAUGCUCUGGAUCAGGCCGUGAGGCGACGUUUCGACAAACGCAUCUACAUUCCACUGCCUGACCUUAAAGCUAGACAACGCAUGCUCAAGGUCCAUCUCGGCGACACCCCACACAGCCUGACCAAGAGCGAUUUCGAGAGCGUGGCUCACCGGACAGAUGGCUUCUCCGGCUCGGAUAUCGCCGUCUGCUUGAAGGACGUGCUGUUUGAGCCCAUACGCAAGACGCAGGACGCCAUGUUCUUCUUCAGGUCAGAGGACGGCGGCGGCACGUGGACGCCGUGCGGGCCAAAGCAACCGGGGGCCGUGCAGACCACCAUGGAGGAGCUCGCGGCGGAAGGCAUGGCUGACCAGAUUUACCCCACCUCCGAUCUCCAGGACAGACUUCGACAAGGUCCUUGCGAGGCAGAGACCGACGGUGAGCAAGGCGGAGCUGGGAGUGUACACGAGGUUCACCAGAGAGUUUGGGGAGGAGGGCUGAAUUAUACGUACACCCAGGAUUUUACGUUCUGUAAAUGUUGCCAAUGAUUACUGACUUGAACAUUUAUAGGCCUGUAUAGCUUUGUGAAGUCAUAGCAAUUCUUCUUGUACAUGUCUGUCGGUUAGAGCAACUCCAACGGGCCGACCCGAACGGACGGCGCAUUUGUCCGUUUUUUAUUCGUUUGGGUCGGCCGUCCGCCAGGCGUCCGCCCAGUUUUGUAUUUGGGUCGGCAGUGCGCCCAACGCGCUGACCCAUUUCAUGUCCGCAUUCAAUUUUUAAAUAAAAAGGGCCCGCGGCCGAUCAUGCCAGCGGCCAUGUCUCAUGCCAGCGCUGGCAUACAA